AUGUAUUUAUUCAUAACAGCAGUCUUCAUUCUCACUGUCUUUGGGAAUCUGGCCAUAAUAAUUUCCAUCUUGUAUUUCAAGCAGCUCCAUUCUCCAACCAACUUCCUCAUCUUAUCCAUGGCUGUAACAGAUCUUCUGCUGGGCUUUGCUCUUAUGCCCUACAGCAUGGUAAGGUCUGUAGAGAAGUGCUGGGUUUUUGGGAUUAUAUUCUGCAAGGUUCAUUACAGUUUUGACUUGAUGCUCAGUUCAGCUUCCAUUUUCCAUCUUUGUUCCAUUGCCAUGGAUGGGUUUUGUGCAAUCUGCCACCCUCUGCAUUACUGCAGCACCAUGACUGUAGCAGCCAUAAAACAAAUCAUGUCUGUGUGCUGGUCAGUGCCUGCUGCCUUUGCUUAGUGUGUUUUCUCAAGAGCUUUUGCUUCUGGGAUUGAGGGCUAUGAGAUGCUGAUUAAAUGCUCAGGCUUGUGCCCAAUUGUGUUCAACAAACCAGGGGGUGGGGGGGCUUUUUUAUUGACAGUCAGUUUAUUUGGUCCUGCUUGAAUUAUGACAGGGAUUUUUGUUAAAACUUUUACAGUCCCCCAAAUGCACACAUCAGAGUCGAGCCAGGCACACAGGCUCUCAAAAAAAAAAAUAAAUAAAAUAAACGAGUUUUCUAAGAAUAAAGACAGGAAAGCUGUUAAGACUUUGAGUAUUUUUAUGCUGAGUUUCUUAAUAUGUUGUUUUCCGUGUUUUUUUGCAGUCUUAAUUGAUCCAUUUUUUAAUUUUUCCAUUCCUUUACCUCUGUUUGAUUCUCUAAAUUGCCUUGGGUAUCUCAAUUCUUUCUGAAAUCCAUUUAUCUAUGAAUUUCUGUAUCCAUGGUUUCAGAAAUCAUUUAAAUGUAUCUUGAAAAGCAAAAUAUUUAAUCCAUGUUUUCAUACAAUAAAAAUUUUGUCUGAAGAUCUGUCAGAGUAA